CAAACUUUUGAUGAUUUGGUUAAAGAAUAUAUUGAAAGUUUGGCACCAAAUAAAAGAGAAAAGGUAUUAAUCGACCAAGAAAAAUUACAAAGAAUUAAGAAAGUCCUUCUUGAUUCUAUGAAUACCACCCAAUAUAUAUCUGCUUUUUAUUAUUGGGUUAAAAAAAAAUUUAAAUUGCAACAAAAUGGCGAUUCUUAUAUUGUACUUCACAUCCAAAUACAAAAUAAAAAAAAUAAUGAAAAGGUUAAAAUUGAGCUUCCCAUGCUAGCUGUAGAAAACAUGUAUAAAGAAUUUUGCAAGAUACAUGCAACCAUUAUCCAGCAUAGUAGUCAAAAAGAAACAUGGAAUCAAGCCACUUUUAAUUCUUCAAUUAUUAAUGAAAGAUCAAAACAUUCUGCUAGUCAAGGUUUAGUUGAGCAGGCAAAUAGAAUUCUUGAAACAAAGUUGGGAAAGUGGAUGAAAGACAAUAAGUAUCAGAAUUGGUCGUUUGGGUUGAGAUUUGUAAUUUACAUAAUGAAUAGCUUAAUUUGUAAAGCACAUAAUAAGAAACCUUAUGAGCUUGUAUUUGGUGAAACUCUAUAUG